UCUCACCGCUGCUGCUGGGUUUCCGCACUGUUUGCUGAACAGGAUGACGACAUGAUGGAAGCAACCAACACUCUGAUGGCCUUGUAUUUAUAUCAGAAAAGGAGCUGCUCAGACUCUGGUGUGUGCAUCUGGGGAUUUAACCCUCACUGUCUCUUCAUCCUCCUGCUGCGUUCGCUCUCAUUUGACCACAGUGUCCUGUUGGACUUCCUCAUCUCCUCCGAGACCUGCUUUCUGGAGUACUUCGUCCGAUACCUUAAACUGCUCCGGCAGGACUGGACGGGCCUGUGCAGAUCCUCUCGACACAUUGAAGACUGCGACAGAGAUGCUAAAAGAGGAUCUGAUCUCUCAAUUCCAGCUUCAUCUGCAGCUGCGGUUCCCUGUGGUGAAUCAGCAACAGGUAACAAAGUCGAAAACGCUUUAGUUUCUCGACUGGUUGAUUAUGGGAGUUCAGACGAGUCGGAGGAAGCAGACGCUGUCGAUUGUGGAGCUUCUGUAAUGUUGGUGGAAGUCUCUGUUAGGUAA